GGCCUUGCUUUCUCAAAACCCAGACCAAAGUGUUUCGAGCGCACGCACACAGAGCAGAGAGAGGGAAAUGGCUUACCAUCUCUCCGCCUCGCCCUCCUCUCUCUUACAUGACCGCCAACCUCUCUGCAACUCUCUUUACUCUCAGCGAAAACCCAGUCUCAGAAGUUCCAACUACUCUUUCAAGCCCAGUCAUCUCCCUUCUAAACCAAAAACCUUGCUCCAAGUAAGCCAUGUUUCUGUGCAAGACCCAAUCCCACAAGAAACCCAGAAGACAAACCCCCCAAAAGACACAGAUGGUAAAUACCCAGAUGGAAAAUCCGGGUCCUCAGCCAAAAGCAAUGUCUGGGUCAAUCCCAGAAGCCCCAGAGCUUCACGGCUUCGGCAACAUUCAUACGACGCAAGGUACGCUUCUCUUUCGAAAGUGGCUGAGUCUUUGAAUUCAUGUAAUCCAAAUGAAGAAGAUGUUGUUGAAGUUCUGAGGGCUUUAGGAGAUAGAAUUUUGGAACAAGAUGCUGUAAUUGUUCUUAAUAAUACAGUGAACGCAGAAGCUGCACUUCUUGCUCUUAGGUACUUUCAGCAGAGGCUGAAACCAAGUAGGGAGGUGAUUCUUUAUAAUGUGACUUUGAAGGUGCUUAGGAAGUGUAGGGACAUGGAUAGAGCAGAGAAGCUGCUUGAUGAAAUGCUUGAGAGAGGGGUUAAACCUGAUAAUGUUACGUUUUCGACUCUGAUUACCUGUGCUAGGAUGUGUUUUAUGCCAAAUAGGGCUGUGGAGUGGUUUGAGAAGAUGCCUAGUUUCGGGUGUGUUCCUGAUGAUGUUACCUAUUCGGCUAUGAUAGAUGCCUAUGGACGGGCUGGUAAUGUUGAUAUGGCUUUGAGUUUGUACGACCGAGCUAGAACUGAAAAGUGGCGCAUUGACCCAGUGACAUUCUCGACAUUGAUUAAGAUGUAUGGGGUGUCAGGAAAUUUUGACGGGUGCUUGAAUGUCUACGAAGAGAUGAAGGCUCUUGGUGCAAAGCCCAACAUGGUUAUAUAUAACACUUUGUUGGAUGCUAUGGGAAGAGCUAAGCGGCCUUGGCAGGCGAAGAUUAUUUACAAAGAAAUGACCAACAAUGGAUUUUCACCCAAUUGGGGGACGUAUGCAAGUCUCUUACGAGCCUUUGCUAGAGCUCGAUAUGGUGAAGAUGCACUUGGUAUAUAUAAGGAGAUGAAGGAGAAGGGGUUGGAGUUGAAUGUAGUUCUGUACAACACCCUUUUGGCCAUGUGUGCUGAUAUUGGCUGCGUUGAUGAAGCUUUUGAGAUUUUUGAACAUAUGAAAAAUUCUCAGACUUCCAAGCCUGAUAGUUGGUCAUUUUCAUCCUUGAUCACCAUAUAUUCCUGCAGUGGAAAAGUCUCGGAGGCAGAGGCAAUGUUGAAUGAGAUGUUGGAGGCAGGCCUUGAGCCUAAUAUCUUUGUUUUGACAUCACUCAUCCAAUGUUAUGGGAAAUCCCAGCGUACAGAUGAUGUUGUUAGGACAUUCCAACGGCUGUUGGAGUUGGAUAUUACUCCAGAUGAACGCUUCUGUGGUUGUCUCCUUAAUGUGAUGACCCAAACACCAAAGGAAGAACUUAGUAAGCUUACUGAUUGCAUCGAGAAGGCUAAUUCAAAGCUUGGUCAUGUCAUAAAACUUUUGUUAGGGGAGCAAGAUAGCGAAGGAGAGUUUAGAAAGGAAGCAUCAGAACUCUUUGAUUCCAUUGGAGUGGAUGUAAAGAAGGCUUACUGCAAUUGUUUAAUUGAUCUCUGUGUCAACCUAAAUCUGUUGCAGAGAGCAUGUGAGCUGCUAGAACUGGGGCUUACACAUAAGAUAUACACAGAUAUACAGUCUAGGUCCUCAACUCAGUGGUCUCUAUAUCUCAAGGGUCUCUCUCUUGGGGCAGCUCUGACUGCAUUACAUGUUUGGAUAAAUGAUUUAUCAAAGGCCAUGGAAUCUGGGGAGGAGCUUCCUCCAUUGCUUGGAAUCAACACCGGACAUGGGAAACACAAGUACUCAGAUAAGGGUUUAGCAGUUGUGUUCGAGUCACAUUUGAAGGAACUCAAUGCUCCGUUUUAUGAGGCUUCAGAUAAGGUUGGCUGGUUUUUGACUACAAAGGUUGCAGCCGAGUCAUGGUUGAAGUCUAGAAGUUCGCCUGAAUUAGUUGCCGCUUAGGUGUUGUGCUCAUAAGGGUUUGGUGUUUCAGGAACUGCUCUUCCCAUUAAUAUGUAAUGCCUAGAAGUGGUAUGUGCUGCUUCUAAAAUGUCUCUUUUAUUUGUUUUUUUUAAUCUCACCUCUAUUGUUUGAGGACAAUUUUUGUAAUAUUAGACAAUGAAAUCCAUUAUACUUUGAUGUCUUAUAGAGUUAAUGGAGUGUUUAGAAUU